AUGAGUGCGAACUAUUGGGACACACGCGUCUGAGCGAUGCGUGAUCUGAACCGUGAGAUUAACGUGUGUAUUCACGAUGAUAAUUUUUUUUUGCAACAGGUAUAUUGCAAGACAGCGAAACUACUGGAAGAGCCAAAAUGUGGCGCACGAAGAGUUUUCUUUCAUACUCGGGCCUGCCAAGAGACUGCUGUUGAAGCCAAUUUGCCUGAGUGAUCAGGAAAGAUACAAGAAAUAUGGACGACUCUUCGGUGCCUACGAGGGAGCGAAACCCUGCCUCUUUGUGGCCGAGCCUGAUCUAAUAAAACAGGUUCUGCUCAGAGACUUCCAGCAUGUACCGAACAAGUUGCAACAAAGAACAAAUUCUAUUUUGGAUAGCAUGAUUUUCAGGGCAGCCGCGGAUCGCUGGCGAUCAAUUCGUACCGUUUGGAGGCCAGCAUUUUCCUCUGGAAAGCUGCGCAAGAAUUAUGCGCUGAUUCAGAACUGCGCGAUAAUUACGUCCAACUACCUUAAAGAAGCCGCGGAAAGAAAUGAAGACAUCGAUAUGGCCGCGAGAGAUAUACGUGGACGUAUAACAUUUGCCACAGAGCUAGUGUGUGGCGGAGCUUCCGCUACUUUCUUAUGUUUCAUGUUAUAUUACAAUACGAAAAAUUGCCUCUACGCCCCUCCCCCCCUCCCUACACGCACACACUCCCGGUUUGCAUUGCUUUCUCUCAGACUCUUCGGCCCCUAUUCACUGGACGUGAUCGCAAGGUGCGCGUUCGGCACAAGGUUUUACUCCCACCCGGACUCCACCAACGAGUUUGUGACAGAAGUCAAUAAGGCAUCAUCUGCUAGAAGAAUGUCCUGGAAGGUUAUUGUUGCAACACUUUUUCCACAAGUCAGCAAGUAUUUUGGACUAAGUAUAGUGGCAGAUGAUGACUUGGAGUACUUCAGAAACAUUUGCCAACGCCUCAUAAACGAAAGACGCCAGACUGGCCACCGCCACGAUGAUUUUUUACAACUCAUGAUGGAUGCCCAAGAAGGCAGCCUGGAUUCCAACAAAGAUAAUAUAGUGAAGCCAGCGAACAAGCUUUUUGGUCUUGUUUCGGGCACUAAGCAAGUUUCGGCAGACAGUAAUACACGUCUAAGUGAAAUCGAGGCAAUGGCGCAGUGCGUGUUCUCCUUACUGGCUGGUCAGGUGAUUCCAACGUCAGCGAUAACCUUCACUGUGUACCUGCUUGCUCUAAACCCCAAAGUACAAGAGAAACUACGAAAUGAAGUGGACGAGUGCACUGACACGAACGCAAGUACACUUCUUUCUGCGCGUCGCAGCAUGUGGGCAUGCUUAUGUUGGGGCGUGACUAUAAUGCCUUCUGCUCAGGGCCUGGAGCCCAGUAUGGACGUCAUGUCCAAGUUGAAGUACCUGCACUGUGUAGUAUUGGAAGGGCUACGCUUGUUUCCUAGCGCAGUCAGGUUUACACGGUACAGCUACGACGACUACGUUCUUGGCGACACAGGUAUAAAGCUUCCUAAAGGGUGCUCCAUUGUGAUCCCAGUUUACGCAAUACAUCACGACCCGGAGUUCUUCAGCCAUCCUGAUAGUUUCAAUCCUGAAAGAUUUAGCGACGAGAACGUGGAAUCCAUCCGGCCGUACACUUAUCUUCCUUUCGGUGCUGGGCCACGGAACUGCCUCGGGAUGCGCUUCGCGCUUUAGUCCAUCAAGCUGUGCCUCUUUCAUUCUCUGCGCAGUGUUCAGUUUACUCGCACCGACAAGACCAAGGUUCCCUUGAGGAUUAAGAAAGGAAUUGGCCUGUUGACAGCAGAAGACAUUAUUGUUGGAAUACAUAAAAGACCAGAUCGACUCGUCUGAGAUGACGUCUGCCACUUCGGCUUCACUGACAGGAUAAAGAAAGAACUGAGCUGCAACAGUAAUGGACAUUAUCUAAAUUAUUACUUAUUGUCAAGUAGCCAGUUGUGUUCACAAUAUGGUUAUUAAAAGCAUUGUCUAAC